AAGAGCCGAAACACGCAACUAAACCUUUUCAUCUCAAAUCUUACAAAACAUCUGGAACAAACUAACUGUAUCCAGAUUCAGUUUUAUACUUAUAUUUUUGUUUCUUGAAAAUAUUCGCGCCCUAUAUAAAUUUUAACAAGGACCUAAAAAACAAGAUCGGAGAAUGCUCCGACGUACUUUUCCGGCAGCAUCAUUACAUGUAUCCAUCAUCACUGUCAUCGUAAUCUUCUCGUCACUCUUAGAAAUCGGACAAUCGAAUGACAAUUCGCAGGAGGUGACAUGCAGUACAACAUGCGUGGCUCAGAACUGCAAUACAAUUGGGUUAAGGUACGGUAAGUAUUGUGGAGUAGGAUGGUCUGGAUGUCCCGGUGAGAAGCCUUGCGAUGAUCUCGAUGCUUGUUGUAAGGUUCACGAUGAUUGUGUUGGAAAAAAAGGUAUGAACAAUGUAAAAUGCCAUGAGAAAUUCAAGCGCUGCAUUAAGAAAGUUCAGAAGUCCGGGAAGCCGGGGUUUUCAAAUGUCUGCCCUCUCGAUGUUGUCGUGCCUGUAAUGGAUCAGGGCAUGGACAUGGCCAUUAUGUUCAGCCAGUUUGGCAACUCCAAGGUUGAACUUUGAUUGAAACAACAAACUCAUUCCACACUGGAAUUUUGAUUUAGUAUAGUCAUUCCUUGGUGUAACUACCACAUCAUUUUAAAACUAAAGAACCAUUCUAAAACUUUGUCUAAGCAUUUUUUUAUGUAAUUGGCAACUGAAGUGUCUACCUAUGUUUUUUUAUGUUUUGUCUGGUUUUCUUAGGUUGUAGUUGUGAUGAUUGUUUAAAGUGUGGGCCACAUAAUUAGUAAGAUGACACUAGAAUCAUGCCAUUCUUUCA